UCUUUCGUGGACUGCAUUGCACUGUUGGCCUGCCAGCAGCGUUCAUGUACACAUGCUCUGACGAGGCCGAGACUGGCAGACGUCCGUCUACAAUGGUUUGGCCGCCCUGCAUACAGGCUUGGAUAACGGAGUACGUGAUAAGCCCCUCGUCCGAGUCCCGCCUUAGCGGUACUCGUGCCCUCAGCGUGCCCCAGCCGCCUUGCUUCACUCUUGCCUCCCUUCUACUCUAGACCACACCGCUAUCGCAAUGUCUGACAAAACACAUGUUCUGACCCACCCCGUUGUGAAGGCUCGAUUGUCGAAGCUGCGACAAACAUCGACUAGCCCUAAGGAGUUCCGCGAGGGCAUUCAUGACAUCAGUAUCUUCUUGGGCAUUGAGGCCAGCAAGGAGUUGGAGGAAGAAGCGUUCACGGGGCAAACCCCAAUAGGUACCUUCACGGGUACAGCAAUCAAGCCCAAGAUUGGGCUCGCACCCAUCCUGCGUGCGGGUCUCGGUAUGACCGAUGCGCUGUUGAACCUCUUCCCGGCUGCGCAGGUAUACCACCUCGGUAUCUUCAGGGAGAAGGUGACCCUACAGCCCGUUGAAUACUACUCGAAGCUCCCGUCCCACACUACGAUCGACAUUGUGUACUUGCUGGACCCCCUGAUUGCGACUGGCGGGACGGCGUGUGCGGCGCUGCAGAUGCUGCUUGACUGGGGCAUGCCUGUGACCAGAAUCAAGUUGCUUUGUGUUUUGGCAUCCCAGACGGGUUUGAGCCGUGUGCGUGAGGAGUAUCCCGAGCUUGAGAUCUGGGUGUCUGGCGUUGAUCCCGAGUUGACGGACAGGGGCUUGAUCGCACCAGGGUUGGGUGACACGGGAGAUCGCUUGUUCAACACACUCGAGAGUGAAGUUCCUUAUAGCGACGACGGACGUAGCCAUGUACAAAACAAUCUGUACUCUAUCUUGCUGAACCCAUAACCGCCAGAUGACUUUCGGCAUGAAAAAUCAAUAUACCUUGAGAGGACGGUCAGGAUGCGAAGCAGGCCAAAUCGAAAG